AUGACCAAUCCUUCCGCUGCUGAAGCCUCCUCUGCUAGUGAUGAGGAGCAUGCUAGAGACUCUUCUGUUGGAGAGCCAUGGCAGGUUGAUACUGUUGAUGCUUCUGCUGCUGGAACUGUGCCACCCAGAGCCCCACCGGAAGCUUCAGACUCUUCCUCAGAAAAGCAGACCAACAAUGAUCCUUUUUUGACCGCUCGCCAACAAUAUGAGCAAUCAGGCAAUGACAAGGCCAUGCUCUUCUGUUUGUGCAUUGGCUUGGAGUCAGAGGAUGGGGAACGCAAGCUUGGAGACUUGACUGUAGAGCCCUAUUGCAAGAUGCCCAAGAAGAAUCAAACCAAACUCAAGGUACAGAAUGCUGUUCUUGCAAAAGAGGUGGUUCGGCGUGGUAACCAAAUGGAACUGACUGGGAGAAGCAAGGUGCGCCCAAGUAACUGGAAGCAAGGAAGGCUUGUCAAAUGGCUCCAAGAUAAUCCCAUCAAGGAUGAAGCUUGCAUCCCUUUCCUUCGCCAGACUGAGAAUGCUUACUGCACUGCCACGAAGAACCACUUGCAUGAGAAGGCGGUUGGCAAAGAUUCAGAGACAACGGCAGACAAGGAUGGCAAUGAACCUUGGCGCAACAAGCUCGAGCCAAACCUUCGCAUGAUUUUGGCUGCCCACCAUGAUGAUGUUCGCAAAUAUUUGAUUGAGGAAGGGAGUGUCCUCGAACGUCAAGAGUUGGAUGCCAGGAAUAGCGAUGAUCGUCCCAUGACUUUCUUUGAGGCUCUCGCUAAUAAAUACAACGAUGACUUCUGGGUUGCCAACAGCGAAGCCAUGCCUGACCUUCACCCUGAUUUUACCAUCGAACAUGACAUUUAUUCCACUGACUGUCCUGGUAAAGUCACUGCGGAUUUCAUCAAGAAGCAAUGGAAUCAGGCAAAGCUCAAGACCAACAAGAUAGUUAAUGCCUGGGAGAGGAGUGGAAACGGCUACGGACAAGUGGAUCAUGAAGAAGAAGAAGAGGCUGAAGAACCGGCAAGACAGUUUGGUCAUUUAACGGAGGAGCGUCUUCUCGCUGGAGAUAACAGGAGUGAAUAUUGCAUUGAGAGACUUGGUCACAGGUCCUUUCAUCUCUAUUUGUGGUACCUUGCAGACAAGCACGGCAAUCUCAGCUGUGUUGUUACUCGGUUGAGUGAUGACGUUGGGGGCACUGGUGACAAGGUGGCUACCAAUACGUCCGAAUCCAAAGGUAGAAAGGGCAAGGAUGACCCAGAGUUGAAACAGCUACGCAAGUCCCUCAGCAACUCCCAAGUGGAACUGUCUUAUCAAGCUGUCAUCGAGAACCUGACCAACGCAAACAGAGAGCUUACCAAGUCCAAGAUCGCGAAAGUGAAAGCUGACACCCAAGAAGAAAAGGAAAUCUGGCAAGAGAGUAUCGCGGAACAAGAAGACAUUGUCAAGGGGCUGAAGCGUCGUAAAAGGACAUAUGAAGUGAAGAAAGCAAAGAAGAAGACGUCCGCUGAACCUGAUGGGAGUACCGAGACAGACUAG